AUGGAGGAAAAUAUCUGGCUCGCACUUCAUGACAUCCCGACACUCACCGAAUUGGCAGUACUCGCCAUUUAUGGCGAGGUUGUCUGUAUCCCGUACAUCCGUUCAGCACGCGCAUGCCAAAACGGACUCCGGCUCGGGCCCUUGCACGAUCGCGUCAAGGCACACAGCGCAUCACUGAUCGACAACCCGAACCUUGUACUCGCAACCGACGCUACCUAUGAAACAGCCGUUCUAGACGGUAGUGAGUGGGAACGUUCGGAGGUCAUAGAAGCCAUACAUCGGAUGAUACCUGAGCUCCCAGCUCUACCAGCAAUCCUUGUGGCCUUCCUCAAGGGGGCAGCCGAGACGUGGGAGCGCUUUACCGAGGAAUUUGCACCCGGGAGCGAAAUCAGCACUGCGACAAGUGACGAACUUGACCAGGCAUGGAUGCUAUCAACGAACGAUGCAAACGAGGGCGCACUGGGGGCUUACCGGUUGUGGACACGCCAGAAUCCCCGUAGGACCCAGGCCUACUUCAAUGCGCAGAAGCGCUACCACGAGAACAGGACGCAGGACUUCAUGGACGCGAUGUUGGAUGAAGGCGACCAUACGCACAUUCGCCAGAAGGCGCGGGAGCUUGACAGUAGCGGGCACGAGGUUCGACGUCGCGAGCAACAGGCUGAGCAUGACAUCGCUGUUGCUCGACAGCGAGCUGCUGAAACCGCGGCGAAAGAACAGCGCGCGAGGGGACGUGUGACGCGGCUGCGGGAGAUCGAGCUGAUAGAUGAUGAAGUCAGGCUCGAGAAGCUGACUAGGGAUGAGAUUGACAAUCAGUUGAAGGUUCGCCGACUCGACGACCCAGACAUACUGUCGAUCUCAUCCAUGAAGAAGAACCACGUUAAGAAAGCGGAAGCUCUCGCCGAACUUCGCAAGGCAAUUGCACGCGCAAUGGCACGCGAAGCGGCAGUGCAGCCUGGCUCGCAGUCACAGACGGUGGGACCGAGUACUCACCAAGACGAUACUGUACAGCUUGAUCAGACGUACACACUAGUCGUUGAUAAUGACCUUGAUUCGGACACGGAAGAGUAA